AUGGAGAGGCCCCUUGGACCGCCCGUCGUACACCCUGAGGAGCCAGAGGGCAUGGAAAGUGAACGCACCAACAUGGAAGUGGACAGUCCAGUCAUUCCUAGCAACAAUGACCUGAAUGAUCGUGAAGAAAUGGAAGAAUCUAACAGCUUCGACAAUGACUCUGAGCGUGCUUCGACUGCAACCCACGUUCAGUUUGGUGAGGAAUCGGAAGUGACUCCUGACAGGGCAGAUCGAGCCCUCACUAGCAUUGUUGAGAGAAUGUCUACCAAGGAGGCUCUAGGUCAGCCAGCAGCUGAUGCUCCAGGGGAUUUAGAGAUGGAACUGCAGCAUGAGCUUAACUGCUUGCAGCAAGAUGUGGAGGACAGAGUGAAAGACGCUGGGGAGGGAAAUGGAGCGGCAGAAAGCCCCACCACUGAACAUGCUAUAUCUGUUAGAUGA